UUCGCGCGGGGCGCGGCCCUGUGAGCGAGUGGCGGCGUCUCCGGCCGCGGAGCGGCGGCUGGGAGUUCGCGGAGCCCGCACCGGGGAGCGCACCGCGAUGGGGCCGGGCUGAGUCUCCCGCCGCCCGCCCGCCCGCAGCCAAGCGAGCAGCGCGAUCCCGGAUGGAGGGCCCGGCGGAGCUCGGCCCCGAGGCGGUGCUGCGCUUCCUCGCGGAGCGCGGGGGCCGGGCCCGGCACGCCGAGCUGGUGCAGCACUUCAGGGGCGCCCUGGGCGGCGCGCCCGAGCGGCGCGCCCACUUCAAGGAGCUGGUCAACGCCGUGGCCACGGUGCGCACCGACCCCGCCGACGGCGCCAAGUACGUGCACCUCAAAAGGAGGUUCUGCGAAGGCCCACAGUCACCCCAGGCCGCGCCCCCUCGGGACCUGCCCCGCAUUUCGGUGACUGCAGAGCCCGAGCCCCACGGAGGCGGUGACCCGGAGGGGUCCGACCACCCGGCCAAGUGCCCCGAGGCGGCGUCCCCCGGGCCGCGCUGUGAACCCGGCGAUGAAGAGGCCGCCGCCGCCGCGCUUGGGCCGCCCAGCCUGGCGGGCGACGGCCGGAGCGGGCCGCCCCUGGACGGCGGGGCCAGGAGAAAGAACUCGCGGCGCGGCGCGCAGCCUCCGGUCCGCGCACCAACCCCCGAGCCCAGCGAGGACCUGGAACCCCAGCCGCAGGUCUGCGAGGAGGCGGACGGAGGGAGCUCUCCCGGGGGAACCACCACCCCAAGGUCUGCUCGCCAGAACCUCCGGGACCUCGUGAUGGGUACCUCCCCGCAGCUGAAGAGGAGCGUCUGUGCGGGGGGCGGCAGCACCGGGGGCUGCUCUGGGGGAGGACGCGGCAAAGGCGGGGGCGACUCGGACAGCGCUUCCCUUGCUUCGUCGUCGGCCGAGGAGGAGGUCAGCAGCGGGGCCUCGGUGACGCUGGACCCGUUAGAACACGCCUGGAUGCUCUCGGCCUCGGACGGCAAGUGGGACAGCCUGGAAGCGCUGCUCACCUGUGAGCCUGGCCUGCUGACCAAGCGGGACUUCAUCACCGGCUUCACUUGCCUGCACUGGGCUGCCAAGCACGGCCGACAGGAGCUCCUGGCCAUGCUAGUCAACUUCGCCAACAAACACCAGCUGCCAGUGAACAUCAACGCCAAGACGAGUGGAGGCUACACCGCCCUGCACUUGGCAGCCAUGCACGGGCACGUGGAGGUGGUGAAGUUGCUGGUGGGGGCCUACGACGCAGACGUGGACGUCAGGGACUACAGUGGGAAGAAGGCCUCGCAGUACCUGAGUCACAGCACCGCCGAGGAGAUCAAGAACCUGGUGGGAGCCCUGGACGAGGACGACGGUGAAAGUGCCGCAGGCAGCGGGGGUGGGCGCUGGAGGCUUUCAAAAGUGCUUCCUUCCCACCUCAUCACCUACAAACUCUCGCACGUCCUGGAGGAUGGAGGGGAUCAUCACCACCACCACCACCUGGCUGAGGGAUGGGCAGGAGGCAAAGCAAAGGACCCAGGUCGCAAAGCCGCAGGCAGCUCUAGUGGGCGAAUAAAACCCAGACUCAACAAAAUCCACUUCAGAACCCAGAUCAUCCACACCACACCCUUUCUCAGAGACCCGGAGCAGCCCCCGGAGGAGGGGGAGCAGGAAGAAGAGGAUCGAUCUCUUAAAGGCCACUUACCCUCAUUCAAAUUGAGACCGAAGUCCAAUGUAUUUGGGUAAAAAUAAUUUUUUAGAAAAUUCUAAGGGUUAUUUGUCCGAACUGCAAUACUAGAGUCAGGCAAGUAAAUGGGACCAGAAAAGACUUAGGCUGAAUUAUGCAUUCUUGCUUUGGGGGGUUGGAGUGGGGGAGGGCGGAAGGAGGGGAGUUUCCCCUAGUAUUCUGAGUGAGGUGGCUUUCCAAGUGAUUCAUCAAACCUUGACCUAGGCUUCGUUUCUCCAUGCCAUUCCUCUGCCCUGGAGUCCCUGUUUGUAAAGACUACAGGUGUAUCUAAAUUGGAGGUACAGAAUUGAUGACUGAGGGUUUCUUUGAUUUAGCCAUUAUUGGAUGCCGUGCUAAGUGAGGAAUAUUGCUCGUUUAUGAUGGUUAAAAGUGGUUACUCUUCCAAAACCAAGAUAUGCAAAUUAUAAUGAAACUGGUAACAUUUGUUAAGUGUGAACAAACACUAAUUGCAUUUGCUUUUUAAGAUUUUUACGAAGGUCAGGUAAGAGUUGAAAUGCAAAAAUUCUAAUUAGAAAAUGAAUAAAAAUGGGAAUCCUAUUGGUAUCCUACUGUAUUGUAAGUGUUCAACUGUUUUUAAAAAGCAAUUUCAGCUUUAAUCACUGAACUAAAGAAAUAAGCAACAUUCACUUUUAGUUAAUCUGUAGUAUGCUUUCCUCUUAACUAUCAUACUGCGCUCAGUAUUAAGGUGCAUUACUAAUAACUACCCAAAUUUUUAUUUAAAGAAAAUACCUUGAACAACCUAUGGUACUUUUAAGUAAAAUAUUGCAUAUGGUUCCGAUUCUCACUGACUUGUUUUGCUAAUCUAAAAGUCUAAAUUUGCUGAAGUUUUUAUUCUGGGGUUAUAUAACCAUUCUUUCUAUUUGACAUGACCCUAGUUCAGUGAUGGCGAACCUAUGACACGCGUGUCAGCACUGACACGCGUAGCCAUUUCUGAUGGCACGUGGCCACUGAGGCGGCCGCAUGCCGAGGAUGAAACAUGUGCUGCUCCUGAGGAUGAAACAUUUGCGAAAUAAUGUUUUUUCCUCAAAGUGACACACUACCCGAGUUAUGCUCAGUUUUUUGGCGAAGUUUGACACCAAGCUCCAAAGGUUGCCCAUCACUGCCCUAGUUGAUGGUGCUUAGACUUGAAUUGCCUACAGAACUGUUUCUGGUUUAGAUGAUUAGCAAAAAUUGGCAUAAGUGUACGUGAGCCUAUGCUUCUCUCAAGUAAUUAUUAAAUCAACCUAAGGUACACUUUUUGUUUUACUAAUAAAACAUGCUCAUAGUUUAUGCUAUGUAGCAAUAUUUUGCAAAUUUUUAAAUUACUAAAUCCUUUCAAUUGUUCAUUGUUUCCUUGAACCUAAAUAGACAUACAGUGAAGUUAAUGAGAAGCUGGAUAGUAACUCUAUCCAGUUAAGAAUAGCACUUUAUAAAAGGGAAAAGAGAAGAGAUUGUACUAUUUCUAUAUUUAAAUACUGCUGGCUAUUGAAUUUCUUUGCAUGUAAGUGAAAAAUACCAGUCAUUAAAAUUAAAGACUUACACAUGAUUCUUAAUUACAUUCCAUUCAAAUAUAUUUGUGUGAAUAUUUUAUAAUUGUAAAAUUUAACUCACAAGCAAAUUAAAUCUAUUUGUAACAAGAUUCAAAACAACUUUCCUGGGAGACUAAUUGCACAAGUCCUUCUUUAGUCCUUCUGGUCUCAUUAUUGAUGAAACAAGUACCUGCAACCUAUAGAGAUUAAGAGGUGAGUUGGCUUGCAGAGUGAAUGAACCAAUAUAUGAAUUGUAUACCACUGCAGUCUUUAGAGAGAUCUUAGAUCUUUAAUUUCCCCAAGUCAUAGAAAUUUGUAACAAGUUUAUCACACAUCUCUAGAGUGAAUUUGUUUAAAGAUUAAUGAAGAAUAUUCACAUAAAAUAUAUAAACUAUUAUCCAUUUAUGUGCCUUUAUUUUUAUUUUAGGAUUAUGGAAAUGGGGGCUAUAUACAUUUGAGAAGCACUUUUUCCAUACAUGUGGGUGAAAAUCUAAUUUUGUAUAAAUUAAAAGUAGAUUCCUUAAAGGUGAAAACCACUAUUUGCUCUGAAUCUUACACGCAUUACCUAUAUCUAGUGCAGAAUAAGCUAUAACUUCCCACUGAAGAAUCUUAUCUUUCAUUGACAUAUAAAGCUAAAGUAAACUAUAAAGAGUAGGCACUUCAGAACCACCAAAACAUUCUAUUAAACAGUCAGUAUUAAGCUCUUAAAUGUGUAUGUUACUAAUUAAUUGCACAAAAAUCUGUAAUUUGCUAGAUCUUUAGAGAUUGAGCUAAUAAUUCAUAUAACUUUCUUUUCACACUAGAGAUUUUAACUUUUCUGAUAAAAUUGACUUUAAAUUUUUAAAAAUCAUUCCUGAGGGAAACUACUUGUACAAUCCUGGUCACAGUGUGCUCAUGUAGCAUUUUCAGCUACUUAACUCUAAUUCCUCUUAUUUUUCAAUUUCCAAUUUAAGAUUAUAAAGAGCAAAUGAUUUGUGUAAUUUGAUAUUUGUGAAGUUGUAUUUACCAUUAAUGGAAAUUAUGUCAGUUACUUAGAUGUUUGUUGAUAUAAAACUGUGUAGUUAGGAAACUCAAGAAUGUCCAUGUGUUCUUUUAUAGGUACAUUUGAAACUAAUGAAUGUAUGUCAUAGUUCUCUUCACAUUUAUGGUAUAUAAAAUGCAACCAGCUUAUAUAACUUGAAAAUCUGGUACUACUUUGUUCAUACCUGAAAUCGGGGUGUCCAGGAUGCCUUGUCUUUUAUUUUUUAAAUAAGUGAAACUUUGGGAGCUUAGAAUGUAAAAUUUAUAGUUUGUUUUGUCAAAAUAAAAGGUUCAUACUAGA